CCCUGAUGACCUAAUCCCCUUCAGCUCUGUAAGAAGAGAAAAUUUGGAUCUGGGGCCCUAUGUGUAGUUUAUUACUUUAACUCCGCCUUCCCAACCUGUUAGAGAAGGGGAGGAAGGGAACUGUUGCAAGCCUGUUGCUAUGGCCACGCAGGGGCAGGCUGAGCUGUUUGUGUGGCUGGAAUCCUGCUGCAUCAGCUGCUGCACGAUCAUGUUUUCCCUGUAUCAAGGAAAUUCCUGAAUACUACGUGUCUCUCUACAUAUUUCCUGUCUCAUAGAAUUUAAUUGAAAUUGGAGGAUGAAGUCCAAUCUAAUGCAUUUGGUUCCCCCAGUGAGUAGGGACAGAGUAAUCUCCCGGUUUCCCAAGUGGUACACACCUGAGGCCUGUCUGCAGUUCAAAGAGCACUUCCAUGCACAGGUCAGGACUGCUUGCCGGCAGAGCACUGGAACAGUUGGGCUGAAAAUAUCCAAAGUGGUUGUUGUAGGAGACCUGCAUGUUGGGAAAACCAGCCUUAUCAACAGAUUUUGUAAAGAUAAUUUUGACCGAGACUACAAGGCGACAAUUGGAGUAGAUUUUGAAAUUGAACGCUUUGAAAUAAGUGGAAUACCAUAUAAUCUCCAGAUAUGGGACACAGCAGGUCAGGAAAAGUUCAAGUGCAUUGCAUCUGCUUACUACAGAGGAGCAGAGGUUAUAAUAACAGUGUUUGAUCUGGCUGAUAUCCAGACUUUGGAUCACACCAAACAGUGGCUAGAAGAUGCAUUGAGAGAGAAUGAGCCAGAUUCCAGCUUCAUCUUUCUAGUUGGAACAAAAAAAGAUUUGGUGUCAGAUGCAGUGUGUGAAAGGACAGAGCUAGAUGCCAUCCGCUUUGCCAAUGAGAUGCAGGCAGAAUACUGGUCGGUUUCAGCCAAAACAGGGGAAAAUGUCAAAGAGUUCUUUUCUCGAGUUGCUGCCUUGGCCUUUGAACAGUCUAUGAUAAAGGAGCUGGAGAAAACUUCCGGGCACAUGGCCCAACUUGGUUCAGGAAACCUCAUCAAACUGGAAGAGAACAUGAUGGAAAUCCCAGAAGGCAGCACUCAAGUCAGCCUGAGUUGCUGCUAACUGUCAACUCUUUCUGCAAGUGCCAUACUUCUCUGUAGUCCGGCACAGAGCACCUGUAACAGUGAAAGCUCUCAAACCAGAAAUAGAAGGUUUUAUUUUUGGAAAUGAGGGAGGAAAAGCUUAUAUCCAAACUUUCUUUAUGAGAGUUUCUUUGCUGCUGCAGGCUCACUUGUGCAGAAUGGUACAAUUGUUACAUAAACCUUUCACUGUGUAAUGGAAACAUAACAUUCUUGUCUUAAUGCAAGAAGACAUUGCCAGUGCCACAUGCUCACCUGUCCACCAGAAACACUUGUAGUCAAAAGUUAUGUAAUUUUAGUGUGGUAUUCUCUGAUAAUUCUCUAGAAGUCUUCGAUAGUGAGUUGCAUUCUUGUGGGAGCAGAAAACAAAUGGCAGUUCAGAAUAAAGGGUGCUAUCCAUAUGUUUUUGCCUUUUGAGAUCAUAGUAUAACAUAACUCUGACUUGCUUUUAUGCAUUGCAAACAUUUAAAAAUUGUUCCAAAAUAAAUCUUUUUAAAUAGCAGGUAUGGAAGUACACAAAUGCAGACUGCAUAGUUUCCACUGUGGUUUCUCCAUCCAUGAAAAAAUCGGUAUAUUUUGUUUUUCACUUGAGAACCAGAGCCCAGUAUUUUAACAUUUCCAAGCCUAGGAGAACUCCAGGUAGGAACUUUGUUGGUUUAUCCCGGGUGUCUAAUAAUUUGAAAAUGUUACCACAUAAGAAUGUUACUCUUUUCCACGUUCUUGAAUAAGAAAAAACGGUCACAUAGGUGCAUGGUAUGGAAUACAUGAAAUCUAAUUUCUCAUUUUCCAGAGAGGAUGCAGAAUCCUCCUCUGGAUUGAUUUUCAUUAAUAUUGUCUACAUUGCAGUUCUACUUUGUUGCUAAGAGUAAUGACUUUUUCAUUUUGUUCUAACUGGGCUUUUUUGUUUGUAGUAAUGUAACAUGAUUCUGGAACCAUAUGCAGUCUCAAUCAUGAACUUGUUCAUCCCUAUCUGUGGUAGAAACUCUGAGCUGGUAAGGUUAGAUUCAAUACUGCUGCUAACUUUUACUCACUCUAUCUGCUUUUACUGGCCAAGAUAGUUUGAUCACUAGAUACUGAGAGUGAUUUGCUCCACUGCUUAAUAAAGGCAAUAAUGCUA